AUGGAUGAUGUAUGUAAUUUUAAUCAAAUAAACAAAAAAUGUGGAGAGGCAAUAGCAACAGUUUUUAUUAAUCCAUACAAACUAAGCCAAUUUUACACAUUCAGUCAAAUAAAUAAAAUAUUUCCAGCACUUCAAACAUAUUAUUGUUCAAAGUCAUUUUGUACACCAAAAAUGAAAGAAGCAGGUAAUAUGCCAUUAAUGGAAAUUGGGACAUGGGACAAAGGAUUGCCUACAACAGUUUUCUCAACAAAAUGUUAUUGUAAUAGAAAAGAUAAUUCAAAUUAA